AUGCCUUCAUCGUCGACAACGCCUCAGAGAAAGCACUUGUCGGACCACAUCAGCGUCCUCUAUAAGGAGGGAAUUGUGCACGCCAAUCGACAUGAUAUUCAUUACAUUGAUAUCGUAAAUUCAACAUUUCAUAAUCUCACCAAGUUAUUUUUGAGUCAAAAUAAGAUUAAAAACUUGCAUGGGUUGUGCCAGUUUAAGGACUUGAAAACGCUCAGCUUGAGCUAUAACCUCGUCGAAGAUUUUAAAGAAUUAAAGUAUAUUCCUAAUAGCGUCGAUUGCUUGAGUUUGGAAGGGAAUCCUAUUGCAGGUCAUCCGAAUUAUAGGUUAAUGGUGAUCGAACAAUUUCCAAAUUUGCGAACACUCGACAACAAGCCAGUUCAAGAAUCGGAGAGAAGAGAUAUUGUCGAAGCGAAUCAAUUAGCAGAGUAUCUUCCAAAGUUGUUGUUUGCCAUCGAUCGACUGACAUCACGAACCUAUAAAGAUAUUCUUCGAAUCGGUGUUCAGGUAGAAAUGUAUAACAGAGUGAAUAAUGGAGGAACAGUGACACUUGGCGAAGAACCAGAUGACACAUCGAAUCCUGAUUACAAGAGAUGUGUCAAGAAAAUACCACCUCUUUCAGAUUUGAAAGACACAAAAAUUACCAUUGAGGGUAUCCGAAAUUUGGCUAGAAACAUGUUUGACGAAUCAGUCGUGCAGUCCAUCCUCGACGAAUCGCAAAAUUUAACUGGCGAAAUGGAUCGGUUUAGAUUGGAUCUUAAAGUAUUGAUUGUAAGACAAUAUCGAGAAACAAAACGAUAUUCACAUGCUGUUUCGUGCCUAGAGAAAGAAUCCAAGUUUUCCAUAUAUGCUGGAGACCAAACUCUAUUGUAUAUCAUUAUCAAAACUAUGAUCGAAUUUGCCAAACGGUUAUUUGAACGAGAGAAUGAGCGAGAACGUUUUCUCGCAUGCCUCAAACAUCUCGAAGAACAAUUUCCGAAACCUCCCAAGAUUGAACCCCCUAAGACAUCCGUACAAACUGCUAAUCCCAUAUCCAACCAAAAUCCAACUAAGGAAGCUAAAUCUAGUGAGAAUAAUGUAAAAAAAAGUGUUCAACUCAACUGCACGCCAUCCAGAUAUGCCAAUGAUUCCUCAAAAAGUUCAAUCGAAGAUGAGGACACGGUAAUUUUCUCUGAAGAUCAGCUCACGUCACCAGAAAAGGACGAUUUGUCAAGAAUUCGAGCGUCCUUACAAGAAUCAAAGAACUCUCUUUUUGAUUUGGAAGAAAGUUCAUUUUUCCUAACCAAAUCAACAGCCACCCAUUACAAGAAGUGGAAUAAGUUAUUUUCAAAAUCUAAGGAAGGUCUGAAUUGCUCUCUACACGAAGAGGAUGAAUCGUCAAAAGAGCAACGAGUGGAAGAAUUCAGAAAAGAGCAACUCAAGAAGAAAGCAUUAUCAGCUUUGCGAACGUACACUGAACGAAGGAAAGAAGCUAGGUUAAAUUAUGAAAAAAAGCGCAAGCUGAAAAAUAUCAAAGCUAGGUCUUUCUACGUCAAGUCACUGCAAUCGAAAGCUUUUUCUGCAUUGGUUCAGAAUACAGAGAGGAGAAGGAAUUUCAAACAAGCCGUGCGGAUACUGCGAAAUGUUCGGUAUGAUAUUAUUAAGAGAACCUUUUUUGAUGCUUGGCGGUCAUUGUUAUUAAGAUGUAGUGAUAUUCGACCUCUAUCUGCAGUUCCAAAAUCUAGAAAUUACGACAGUGACAAAGAGAAUAGACGACCCUCGACGGUUCAAACAGUAGAAUACAAUCCUUCACAAUCACGAGGGAAGCAUUACAGAAAAGUGAGGCCCCAAUCCGCUGGUAACGCUCUCCAUCGAAAUAUGGAAAACAAGCUUCAAUCGCACACUAAGGAAGAAGAAGCAUAUCUUCCCUCCAAGCAUUCUUCACAUCGUCGACCUCAAACAGCCACCAAUUCAAAAUCUCGAACAAUCAGAGAAGUUGAGGAUAAUGAGGACAAGAGUCACAGAACUUUCAAGCAACCCUCGAGCAAGUAUUAUCCUGAAUAUGGACAGGCAAGAGAAAAGGAUGGACCUAAAUUCAAAAAUCCAAAAGAAAAAAAGGAGAAAACUGUAUUACUCUUGUCAGCUCAAAAGGUCGAUAAGGAUUUUGUGAUGACUCCUGAUAUUAUUAAGGGAGUUCAACGAGGAAUACGAGAUGCUGAGGAGUUACUGAAACGAUGUGAAGCCGUGUCUCAUAAAAAGCGUUAA